AUGUGCAACAUAAUAACGCACCAAUACACUUGCACACAUGUAUUGCCUCACAUACGCUCUAUAUGUAACGCUCGUAUUGUGCGUCGGAAAAGUCGCUCUUUUACUUCUACUUCUACUACUACCUCUUCUUCUUCCUCCUCUUCUCACUCGUAUACUAGCACAACAACAACAACAACAAAACCCGCCUGCACCGCAUCCCCCCUCCUAACCCUGCACCACACCACCCCGUGUCCCACAUGUCUGUACAAAAUCUGGCUCCAAACCUGGCUUGACAAGUCUAGUCGUUCGAAAAAGUUUUUGCGUCUACUGCAGGAGCGAGAUGGUGAUGAUGGUGGGGAAGAGGAGGAUACACGUGUCGUGCGUGAAUUGGUAAGCGCGCUGCACCAGAAGAUGCAGGCGGAGAUGUGGAUGUGGAGUCGGAUCGAGGGAAUUGGACUUGGACUUGGAUUUGGAUUUGGACUGGGUGGGGGUAGGGAGAAGAGGAGGAGGAGGAGGAGGAGAGUGGGAAAUGGAAAUGGAAAUGGAAAUGGUAGGAGAGGAUCCGUGUUACGGUUCGAGGUAUAUGCGAGUGAUAUUGGUAUGCCCAGCGAAGGAUACGAGGAGGAAGAGGAGGAAGAGGAAGAGGAAGGUGAAGAAGAAGAGGAAGAGAAAGAGAAAGAUAAAUCGGGGUAUGAGAGAGACUCAGAAUGGAAUUCAGAGACAGACUGGAAAUGGAAAUGGGAAUGCGACUCGGAAUCCCGAAAUCCAACAACAACAAGAGAAUUUGAGAAUGAUGGUUUGGGGAUUGGAAUUGGAAUCUCGGAUUCCCUUGCUACGUAUAACGCGGAUACGACUUCUUGGAGCAACCAUGGCCAUGGCGACAGAAACCAUGGCAAGACUGACUCGGAUCUUUUCGACCACAGCUUCUGGACUCAGGACAUAGAUGCAGAUGCAGACACAGACGGAGACAUAGAUGCAGAUGCAGAUGGAGAUGUACAACGAGACUCUGACAUCAAUCCAAGUACCUGGCCGUGGGAUCCUCCUCCACCACCAUCACCCCCUACUCUUCUUCUCCCCACCACCACCGCAAUCGCCCAGCCAUUCAACGCCGCAAACCCGGAAUACCAGACUCCAGACUCAGAAGAUCAUGCUUCGGAACUUGAUACUAUCAUCACUUCACACACGCCUUCUUCACUCGUAGCAUGGGAUUCUUCAGAUGUAGAAACGACUCCGAGUACUGCUCUCAAUGCAAACGGUGAUUUGUAUACCACCACCACCACUACUACGACUACUGCAGAACACCAUGACGAGCACACACGCAAAGUCGUAGCUGCGUUCUGGUCUGUAGUCAAUGGCACGACGGAGAUCAGCUCAGCAUCCGUUCUACGCUUAUUACAUGAUUUUAGGCAAGAUGGAACAUAA